AUGGCCAUAACAUCAUAGAAAUAUGGGGGCGGAAACGAAGCAAGGAGCGGACAGCUCCCCACAGUCUAGUUGGCUAAAACGGGGAACAGACAGAUAGUCUGUGGCUACAUUAGACUGUUACAAUUAUAUAUUUGUCGUUUUACCACGCAACGCUUUCUACAUCCUAUAUCGGACUCUCACAUGCCAAAUGGACAAAGACAGGCUUGCUACAAGCCGGGGUCCAUGCUCUUGGUUGGAGAUGCACCAGUUCAUAGGGGACCUCAUGGCCUCCACCACCUCGGCUUCGACCACCUUAACAGGUCCGCAGCAGGGAAAGGACAACAAUCAUCAACAAGAAGCACUGCGCUCUGCCUGGGAAACGGCAGGUCAUGAGGCCCUGGGACUGAAAGCUAUCCCAGCCUCGCAUGUCCAGUCCAGACACCCCCAUGAAAAAGGCACAGUAGUCUGUGGUCUGCAGCCGCUCUCCUUACAGAUGGACAGGGGUGGGCAAGCUGGAGAAGAAGAGGCACUGCCGUUUCAACACACUGGAUGCAAUUGCCCAGGCUGCCCCUUCUCCUCCUCUUCCUCCUCCACCUCUUCUUCCUCUCUAGUUCUCCAGACUCUGAAACCCAUCAGAGGUCACCUGUCUUCCACCUCACAACACCAGGUUGCGCGUCAGCGGCAGGCUAAAGACCCUGGCUCCUCGUCGGUCAGUCUCGGUCUGUCUCUGGGCCUUGGUCUCUCGCUGGACGAGGCCAGCGACUCACCUGGAGGUGCCAACCCCGAACAACCCCAGCAGCAAGAUAAAGGAACAAACACCCAGAGCACGACGGCCCCUGCCACCACCACAUGCUGCCCUCACCCUCAGUUAGCCACCUUCCCAUGCCUGUGCUGCCACCGCGGCUUCCAGACCUGUGCCCAGCUCCUGCACCACCAGCAGGGCACGGACGCCCGCCUGACACAAGCCCACGCCCACGCGCACGCCCACCACCACCACUACCACCACCACCACUGCCCGCUGGCCACCUGCCUGCCCUGCCCGCAGCUGAGACCGCCGCCGCCCUCGCAGUCGCCGCCGCCGUUCCCCUGCCUCUCGUGCCAGCGCACGUUCUCCACCUGUGCCCAGCUGCUGCGCCACCAGCAGAGCCACGCGCAGCAGGAGGGUCUGCUGCCGCAGACGACGUCGGCGGCGACGGGGACGGGCGCGGCGGCGUCUCCGCAGCAUCUGCCGCAGCACCCGUGCAUGCACUGCAGCGCCUCGUUCGCCCGGCCCUCGCAGCUCCUGCAGCACCAGCGGGCGCAGCACGCCAGCAAGGCCGGCGGCUUCCUGUGCGUGGAGUGCGGCCGCGCCUUCAACUCGCACAGCAACCUGCGCAUCCACCUGAACGUGCACACGGGCGCGCGGCCCUACGCCUGCCCGGACUGCGGCAAGAGCUUCAGCCAGUCGGGGGCGCUCAAGAUCCACCGGCGCAUCCACACGGGCGAGCGGCCGUACGCGUGCGCCUACUGCGGCCGCGGCUUCCCGCACCUGGCGGGCGUGCGGGCGCACCAGCGCACGCACACCGGCGAGAAGCCCUACGUGUGCCCGCAGUGCGGCAAGCGCUUCACGCAGUCGGGCGCGCUCAAGAUCCACAUGCGCAUCCACACGGGCGAGCGCCCGUUCGUCUGCAGCCUGUGCGGGAAGGGCUUCUCCAACCGCUCGGGCAUCCGCUUCCACCACCGCACCGUCCACGGAAUCAUGCCCGACCCCGGCGCCGAGUCCCGCCGGGGGCCCCCGUCCUCGGCUCCCGAGCGCCGCUCCCAGAGUCCCGCCAGCAGCCUGGGCUCCAACCCCAGCAGCAGCAGCCCCUUCGCGGAGCCCCACGACCUGAGCUCCGGUACCAGCCAGGCCUCCCACCCCAGGCUCAGUGGCGGCGGCGCGGCCGAACCCGACAGCCAGUCCCACGGCCGCGGGAGGCCCAGCUCCUUUGGUCCUGGCGGCGCUGCCAGCUCCAAGCCUGGUGGAGGUCGCGGGGGAAAAGUGCUGGCGUACGCCUGUGAGGACUGUGGCCUUCGGUUCGCAGACGCCCCCUCCAGGAACAGGCACCAGUCUCUGGAGCACUAUGGCGGUGAGGGUGGGGGGAGUGGGGUGGAGAGUGCCAGUGGGGCAGAGUGA